CAGACUGGACAGGGACUCAAACACAUUUCAGCAUCACCAGAUGCAAGAUGAGGAGGUGACAGGCUUCACUGGACUUUACUGCAGUAACAGUCAACAGGUUCUAGAGAAGAAAACAAAGUGCAAAGACAGUAGACCUUCAUCAGGAGUAAAGACGUGGGAGUUUUUGGAAGACACUACAGAAAAACCUCAGCUUAACUGAAGGAACUGAAAGCCAAACUUUGUUUGGGGAAAAGGUGAAUCCACUUGGAAGGGGACCUUCAGGACUCCACUUGGGCCAAAUUUCACAGAGGAAAAAUUUGAGGAAGCAAUUUUGACGUGCCACAACCAUUCACCUCUAUAACAGGUUGAACUUAAUGGAGGAUCCCAUUUUGAAAAUUUCCAUGGUGCCAUCCACAUCACCCACAGACUCCCCCAGGAGCAACUCCACAGAGGAGAGCCAUGACGGUAAAAGUCCAGCUCCUGGAAAGACCCUAAGCACAGGUAUGCUGUGUAAGGUGUGUGCAGACACAAGCAGUGGGAAACACUAUGGUAUCUAUGCCUGCAAUGGCUGCAGUGGUUUCUUCAAGCGCAGUGUGAGACGCAGACUAAUUUACAGGUGCCAAGCUGGAACAGGCAUGUGUCCAGUUGAUAAAGCUCAUCGUAACCAGUGCCAGGCUUGUCGUCUCAAGAAAUGCCUUCAAGCUGGCAUGAACAAAGAUGCUGUGCAGAAUGAACGUCAGCCCCGAAGCACUGCUCAAGUCAGGCUGGACUCUCUGGAUGUGGACACAGAAAAAGAGCACCUGGCCACCACCCGGGAACCCACGUCCUCAUCGUCUACAUGCUCUGUGAUCAGCAGGCCCCUGCUUGCCUCCUCCAUUAGCUCCAACAUAAGCUCCACUGGCCCCAACCAGCGCAGCAUCAGCCCCAAGAACAGUCACCGCUUCAUGGCCAGCCUGAUGACUGCAGAAACCUGCGCUAAGCUAGAGCCUGAGGAUGUGGAUGAAAAUAUUGAUGUUACCAGUAAUGAGCCUGAGAGAAGCUCUCCAGAGUGCAACACGUCCCUCUACUCAUAUUCUGGCCCUGAGAGUGUAUAUGAGACCUCAGCUCGUCUCCUCUUCAUGUCUGUUAAAUGGGCAAAGAACCUGCCAGUGUUCUCCCAUCUGCCCUUCAGGGACCAGGUGAUUCUACUAGAGGAGGCGUGGAGUGAGCUGUUCCUCCUCUGUGCCAUCCAGUGGUCACUGCCACUUGACAGCUGCCCCCUGCUCUCCUUGCCUGACUUGUCUCCUCCUUCCCAGUGCAAGAGCAGCCCCUCUGCCUCUGAUCUGCGCCUUCUGCAGGAGGUCUUCAGCCGCUUCAAAGCCCUGCAGGUGGACCCCACUGAGUUUGCCUGCUUGAAGGCCAUUGUUCUUUUCAAGCCAGAGACACGUGGCCUCAAAGACCCAGAACAAGUUGAGAAUCUGCAGGACCAGUCUCAAGUAAUGCUUGCUCAGCAUAUACAUACACUGUACACCAGUCAGGCAGCAAGGUUUGGAAGGCUAUUGUUACUUCUUCCCUCCCUACACUUUGUGAGCUCAGAGAGGAUUGAGCUGCUCUUUUUCCAUAGAACCAUCGGAAACACUCCCAUGGAGAAGCUACUCUGUGACAUGUUCAAGAACUGAAAAACUGUGAAAACUGUGAUGCUGCUGAGAGUGCACUAAACACUGGAGCAUAAAAUCAUUUAACUUUUAGGUGCUUUCUUCCUUGACUGCUGUAUUAGUGAGAGGUUGCAAUGCUUAUCACUUCAAUCAAUUCCUCAUGGAGAGAAAUGUUAUACUGUUCUUCCUUCACACAUAUUUUAAAAUAUUUGUGCUAGACUUUGUAUUUUAAUACUGCUCACAAGUAUAUGAUGUUUAUUUUACGAAUUAUGUCAUUUAGGUAGAGCGCUUUCAGUCAUCUUUAUGCGUUAAUGUAUUUAAAUGCAUAAAUGCCUUUUAAGCUUUUUACAAUGCAAGAUUAUUUUGAUAAAAGCUUUUCAAAAGUAGGACUUUUUAUUUAAAAACACAGUAUUUUUACUAUGCUCACAGACA